GAAGGCCCUUUCCUUCUCGCACCACCGCCUUUCGACUUUGUUCCGCCCCUUCGCAGUCAAGUCGCUAGCUUUUGGGACAGGCUUCUUUUUUAAGCCGUUACUCUCUUUUAUAUACUACCCUUAGCGGACGGGCACGUAAACCCUUAUCUUAAUAACCCUUUCCUCCACCAUGCGCGCACCGACAGGCCUCUCCCUCAUACUGGCGGCCGCGGGCCUCAUGGCCUCGGGCGCCCGCGCGGUCGACACGCUCGUGGACCUCGGCUACGCAAAGUUCCAGGGCGCCGUCACGGACCCGGAUCUGGGCGUGUCUAUGUGGAAGGGAAUCCAGUUCGCGGCUCCUCCCGUGGGCGAGCUCCGGUUCGCGGCGCCGGCCGACCCGGUGCAGACGGGCAUGGUGGACGCGACGCGGCAUGGCAGCAUCUGCCCGCCCAUGAACCCCAACGACUGGACGGCCAAGCCCAACUCGCGCUUCAAGGCCGACGAGGACUGCCUGUACCUCACCGUCACGGCGCCCACGGCCGCCACGGCCGACUCGCGCCUGCCCGUCGUCGUGCUCCUGCAGGGCGGCGGCUUCGGGUCCAACUCGUCCCCCAACUGGAACGGGCGCGAGAUCGUGUCGGCCGGCAACAUGGUGCUGGUGCAGUUCAACUACCGCGUCGGUAUGUACGGCUUCCUGCAGACGGCCGAGCUGGCGGCCAAGGGCGGCACGCUCAACGCCGGCAUGAAGGACAUGAUCAAGGCGCUCGAGUGGGUCAAGGCCAACGUGGCCAAGUUCGGCGGCGACCCGGACCACGUCGUCAUCGACGGGGUCAGCGCCGGCGGCUCGUCCGUCGGCCUGCUCAUGGCCGCCAACAUCCCCGGCGGCAAGGAGCUCUUCAAGGGCGGCAUCGUCGAGUCCGGGCCCUGGGCCACGCUGCGCACCAUGGACAGGGGGGAGGAGCAGUUCCAGUGCCUGGUCAAGGAGAAGGGCUGCGCCGGCAGCGCCGACAGGAUCGCGUGCCUGCGCGCGCUCGACCAGGUCGCCAUCCGCUCGAGCAGCUGCUGGUUCAACCCCAGCAUCGACGGCGACCUCUUCACCGACAGCCUGCCCGAGAUGUUCCGCCAGGGCAAGUUCCGCCGCGUGCCGACCAUCUGGGGCACCGACGCCGACGAGGGCACCAAGAACGUGCCGCAGUCGACGGCCUCCAUCGACGAGGCCAGAAAGUUCUUCCUCCAGCAGGACGGCUCGCUCACCAACGGCUCGCUCGCGGUGCUGCAGCGACUGUACCUCGACUCGGAGCAGCCCGUGUUCCCCAACUCGGGCGCCAAGUGGCGCAACCUCGCCGACGCCAUGGGCGACAUCGGCAACCACUGCCAGACGCGCAACCUAAUCGACUUCCUGGCGCGCGACGCCGGCGGCAGCCCGACGUGGAACUACAACUACGACGUCAUCGACCCGGCCGACGAGGCCGCCGGCUUCGGCGCCUGGCACACGGUCAACACGCACGCCUUCUGGGGCCAGAGCCGCGACAACAACGCGCCCAAGUCGUACCUGACCACCAACGCGGCCGCCCUCCCGCUCGUGCGCGGCUACUGGUUCUCCUUCAUCCGCCACCUCGACCCCAACGUCGACCGCCAGCCCGGCUCGCCCGAGUGGACCCCCUACACGGCCGAGGGCCGCGAGCGCAUCUUCAUCCAGACCAACAACACCCACAUGGAGCGCAUGAGCGACCGCCAGGCCAUGCGCUGCGACGUCGUCACGCCCAUGUUCCUCAACCUCGCCAAGCCGCCCGCGCCCGGCACCGCCACCGAGCUGGACGCCGGGCUCGCCGCACAGGUCGAGGCCGCCAGCAACGACACGUCGCUGCCCCCGAGGAGCGCCAAGUUCAGACGCACGCGGUGGUAGAGUACGUCUUGGGGAGAAAGUGUACGGUACUUGUUAGGAUAAUGACGUUGAUGAAUUCACAAUUUGCUCGCCUCG